AUGCCUCCCAAGAAGACCACCCGUCCUGUUCAGGAGAACAUCUCCCUCGGACCUCAGGUCCGUGAAGGUGAGCUCGUCUUUGGCGUUGCUCGUAUCUUCGCCUCUUUCAACGACACUUUCGUCCAUGUCACCGAUCUCAGUGGCCGCGAAACCAUCACCCGAGUUACCGGUGGUAUGAAGGUCAAGGCCGACCGUGACGAGUCCUCCCCCUACGCUGCCAUGUUGGCAGCUCAGGACGUCGCCGCCCGCUGCAAGGAGCUCGGCAUCAACGCCCUCCACAUCAAGAUCCGUGCUACCGGUGGUAACGGUACCAAGACCCCCGGUCCCGGUGCCCAGUCUGCUCUCCGUGCUCUUGCCCGUUCCGGCAUGAAGAUCGGCCGUAUCGAGGACGUGACCCCCACUCCCUCCGACAGCACCCGCAGAAAGGGUGGUCGCCGUGGUCGUCGUCUGUGA